GUGCUCAGAUCAUGUGACCAAACGGUAAACCCCGUUGUCACCGCCGAGCAGUCAUUUCUUUUUCACUUCUCGGUCGUAGACGAAGCAGGACGACCACCACGAUGUGCACCAGUGUGCAGCCCAUUGAGUGGACCACUGAUCUCAAGGACCAGAAAUUUGAUGGCGUCGUUUUGAUAGCGCAGAGCCAUGAUGAUUUGCCCUCCACACUUGAAUGUCUGAAAGCCCCCCUGCAGGACUACAACACUGUGGACAGUGGUCUGGGGGAAGAGGUGGUAGUCCUGAAGGUCCCAGGUCUCCCUGGCAACCGAUUGGUGUUUUCCGCUACCGGCCCCGUCAACCGUGACUACGAUGAUGUCAGACGCUUCAGCGACGCGGCUGUCAAUGCUAUGAAGCGGGCAUUGAAAGCAGGAUUGCAACGCCCCCUGCUGGUGUGUCCUCAACACAAGGACUAUAAGAACAGCACGCUGGUGGCUGCACUUGGGGCUCUUCAUGCGCUCUACAUGCCUCUAGAAGUGAGGGAGGCGAAUAUCAAAUCGUCCAACCACAAGGCGUGCGUGCUGGGUCUCUGGGUGCCUCAGGCAAACCUGGGAAAAAGCCUGGUGGAUCUGGUUGGCGGUCUGGAAAGUGGACGGCUGGCAUGCCGCGACAUCGGCGGCUCGGAUCCUGAGCGAAUGGCUGCUCCUCGCGUGGCCGAGUACGUUGUGGAACUCUUCAAGAACAGCCCCGUGCAGGUAGAAGUGAUAAGUGAUGUAAAAUUCCUGGAGAGGGAGUACCCCUGCCUGGCUGCUGUCAACCGCUGUGCCAACAGUGUACCACGUCACCAGGCCAGAGUCAUUAAGUUGCAGUACUGUGGCGAGGGCCCUAUCCAGAAGACGCUCAUGCUGGUGGGCAAGGGCAUCACGUAUGACACGGGCGGAGCAGACAUCAAGGCUGGCGGCUUCAUGGCAGGUAUGCACAGAGACAAGUGUGGUGCUGCUGCUGUUGCCGGCUUCUUCCAGAUUUUGGCAAAGCUGAAGCCCAAAAACUUGAAGGUUGUUGGUUCCAUGGCUAUGGUGCGCAACAGUGUGGGUUCAGACUGCUACGUGGCGGACGAGCUGGUGGUCUCUCGUGCUGGACGCCGAGUCAGAGUCGGCAACACGGAUGCCGAGGGACGCAUGGUGAUGGUUGACCUGCUUUGUGAGAUGAAAGAGAAGGCUGUGCACGAGACUUCCCCGCAGCUGUUCACAAUUGCGACUCUAACCGGCCAUGCUAUCAGAGCCAUGGGACCCAACUAUUCUAUAAUCAUGGACAACGGACCCGCCCAUCGCACCGGAAAUGCAGCUCAGUGGCAAAAAGCUGGAGAGGUGCUGGGAGACCUCUUCGAAGUGUCCAGCAUCAGGAGGGAGGACUACGAGUUUCAUAAGGGUAAAUCCGAGUACGAGGAUAUUCUCCAGUGCAACAACUUGCCAUCUUCUGCGACCCCUCGAGGACAUCAGACUCCAGCGGCUUUCCUCAUCAUGGCGUCGGGCCUGCACAAGCAUGGUGUGGAUUCUGAGGCACCUCUGCCAUACUCCCACAUCGACAUCGCUGGCUCCAGCGGUCCCUUCCCUGGUGUGCCAACGGGAGCGCCCAUCCUCGCCAUGGCAACCAACUACUUCCUGUCCGACCUCUAAGCGGUCCGACCGUUUGAAAUACGAUUGGCCUCAAGUGGCACAAAACUACACAGAGAGGAGAAAAAGCAGUAUGAAAAAGGUUGUAAUCGUAAAAGUGUGGCUUUAUGCUAAGCUUUUUUCAUUGGUCAAUAAAUAUACAUUGGACAUUUAA